UAGAAAAAAAAUUGGCCCAUUCAUGAAUAGUAGAAAAUGAAAAUUGAAAAUGUCAGAGGGAAAGGUACGGGUUCCAAAUUCUAACCAUUACCUUUCCUGAUUUCAGUGAGUGGGUCGAUCAAUUUUUGAGGGACGCGGUGUUUCACGAAAUUAUGGCUAGUUAUCAAUUAUACAGGAAUACAACGCUGGGUCAUACGUUACAAGAGAGUCUAGACGAACUUAUUCAGUGUGGUCAGAUUACGCCACAAUUAGCUCUCAAAGUUCUCCUUCAGUUUGACAAAGCCAUCAACAAUGGGCUGGCCACCCGGGUCAAAAACAGGAUCAGCUUUAAGGGUCAUUUAGACACCUACAGAUUCUGUGACAACGUUUGGACUUUUGUCUUGAGCAAAGUGGAAAUCAGAGAUGUUCAGGAGGUCUCAAACAUUGAGAAGGUGAAAAUUGUGGCAUGUGACGGCAAAAGCUGAAGAUUUGCGGAGGGACUGUAUAUCAGUUAACUAGCCAACCAAAUCUCAUGCCGGGACAAAGAAAAUCACCCCUUGUCUGAAGGCUCAAUUCGAACAGUCCUCAGUGCUGUUUGGUGGAGAGACAAUAGCAGAUAUUUUCUUCAUUUUACUGACAUUUAGUGAUAUGUCAAAAGAGUUGAAAAAUCAUGGUAAUAACCGUAUGCUUGAUACCUGUGUGUAUUAAAUGAUGUAUUUUCCUCAUUUUACAGACAUUUUCAUCAUCUUACAGACGUUUUCAUCAUUCUACAGACCUUUACAGACAUGUCAUAAGAGUUGAAAAUCAUGGUAAUCACUGUACAUUUGAUACCCAUGUCUGAGUGUUACAGCUGUUGAUGGCCUGAUGUUUGAUGUGAAACAGACAUGAGGAUUUAACUGAAUUCUCGUCUGAUUGUGUUACCAUGGCUAUAGAACUGUAAGCACAUGACUGUCGUGUUUACUGUAUCCUUGAAUAAGGGUGAGAUGGUCGGUAUGCUAAAGAAAAAGUACUUAAUUUCUGCCCAGCAAGAGAGUAAAUAAAAACACACAGGU